GAGAGAGAGAGAGAGAGAGAGAGAGAGAGAGAAAGAGGGAGAGCGAGAGCGAGAGCGAGAGAGAGAGAGAGAGAGAGCACGAGGGUGGGAGCUGAGAAAGCCAAGGGUUCUCUCCGAUGUUAAUGUCGGUUAGGGUUUCUGUGUUGAUCCUUGAACUCUAAUCUCCCGCCACUUCCCUCUUUAGUCAUUCUUAAAGUUCUUUUCUAUCUCUCAAUUAUAUCAUAUACUUUUUCUUCAAUACCUUCAAAGGUUUAUAUAAAUUCAGUGAAAGAAGAGAGGAACGACUGAUGGGCGCUCAAGGAAAAAGCUCGGCUGGUGCGAAUUCGAUGCAGCGUGUCAAGGUCUACCGUUUGAAUGAUAAUGGAAAAUGGGAUGAUCGUGGAACUGGACAUGUUUCUGUUGAUUAUCUGGAGAGAUCAGAGGAAAUUGGUCUGUUUGUCAUUGAUGAGGAAGACAAUGAGACAUUACUUGCGCAUCGUAUCAGCUCUGAUGACAUCUAUCGAAGGCAAGAAGAUACUAUCAUCUCUUGGCGAGAUCCAGAGUACUCUACAGAGUUGGCUCUUAGCUUUCAAGAGACUGCGGGGUGCUCUUACAUAUGGGACCACAUUUGCAGUGUGCAAAGAAAUAUACAAUUUCACACACUCGGUAACCUAGAUAUGGGUCAUCGCUCAGGCAUAGAGGCAUUGGAGACAUCUGGGACGUCCCAGGCCAAUGAUGAGACAUUUCAAGGUGCCCAAAGUGAGCUGAGGGAAUUGCCAGUGGUUGAACUAUCCACGCUUCCUCUGAUAUUAAAGACUGUGAUGGAGAGUGGCAUUGCUGAUCAGAUGCGUGUGACAGAGCUUAUAUUACAAGAUCAUGAUUUCUUCAGCAAGCUGAUGGACCUGUUUAAAAUAUGUGAAGACUUGGAAAACAUUGAGGGUCUUCACCUGAUAUUCAAGAUAGUCAAAGGGAUCAUUUUACUCAAUAAUCCUCAGAUCUUUGAGAAAAUUUUUGGAGAUGAGCUCGUCAUGGAUAUUAUAGGGACACUGGAAUAUGAUCCUGAAAUUCGACAUGUCCAACAUCAUCGUGCCUUCCUUAAGGAGCAUGUGGUUUUUAAGGAGGCAGUCCCUAUUAAAGAUCCAAUGGUCUUAUCAAAGAUACAUCAGACAUACAGAAUUGGUUAUAUAAAGGAUGCCAUCUUUCCAAGGGUGUUGGAUGAGGCAACAGUUGCAAAUCUCAAUUCCAUCAUCCAUGCAAAUAAUGCUGUAGUAGUUUCGUUGUUGAAGGAUGACAAUACAUUUAUUCAAGAAUUGUUUGCAAAGAUGAAAUCACCCUCCACCUCGGUGGAGUCGAAGAAGAAUUUGGUUUUCUUCUUGCACGAAUUUUGUAGCUUGAGUAAAAGCUUGCAGCUGGUCCAGCAAUUGCGACUGUUUAGGGAUCUGAUGAAUGAAGGCAUCUUUGACAUCAUAACUGAUACUUUGCAGAGUCCAGAUAAAAGGCUUGUAUUAACUGGGACAGACAUCCUUAUUCUUUUCCUAAACCAGGAUCCAAACCUUCUUAGGUCAUAUGUGUUUCGACAGGAGGGCAUUCCGCUUCUUGGGCUUGUGGUCAAAGGUAUGCUAACAGACUUUGGGGAGGACAUGCAUUGUCAGUUUCUUGAAAUUCUUCGCAGCUUAUUGGACUCGUACACCUUGUGUGGAACCCAGAGAGACACUAUCAUAGAGAUUUUCUACGAGAAGCACUUGGAUCAGUUAAUUGAUGUUAUAACAUCAUCAUGCCCUCCGAAAGGUGGUACUUGUUCAGUUGUCAAAUCGGCUGGCUCUGGUGGGAGGACUGGAAAUCAGGCUGUGACAAAGCCUGAAAUUUUGCUCAACAUCUGUGAUCUGCUUUGUUUUUGUGUGCUUCACCAUCCUUACAGGAUAAAGUGCAAUUUUCUCGUCAAUAAUGUGAUAGAAAAAGUCUUGUUUCUAACUCAUAGAAGGGAAAGAUACUUAGUAGUUGCUGCUGUUCGUUUUCUGCGGACUAUUAUUUCCCGAAAUGAUGAUCAUCUGCUGCGUCACAUUGUCAAGAAUAACCUUCUAAAACCAAUUGUUGAGGCAUUUGUUGCCAACGGUAAUCGUUAUAAUCUGCUGAACUCUGCAGUUCUAGAAUUUUUCGAGUAUAUCCGGAAGGAAAACCUUAAAACCAUAAUUACAUAUGUAGUAAAUAAUUUCUGGAAUCAGUUGGUCAAAUUUGAGCAUUUAGCAUCCAUUCAAGCGCUGAAAGUUAAAUAUGAGCAGUCCAUAGAAGCCUGUGAAACAAGAAGCUCUGUUAAUGUUGCGGAUCCAAGAAAGCGAAAUGAUGAACGGGCACUUUACUUCAAUGAAGACAGUGAUGAAGAUGAUACUGCAUCUGCACGCACUUCACAUACCAAUGACCAACAAGCUCAACCUGUCUUACCCAAUGGUUCCAGCUUCAGCGACCCAUCUUUAAGACCCGGAACUGGUGGGCUGGUUGACUAUGAAGAUGAUGACGAUGAUGAAGACUACAAUCCACCACCUAAACCAGAUACCUCUGGUGUGGACAAUGGGACAGGAGACUCCCCACUUGAGCCAAAACGCAAGCCACCACCUAAAGAAGAGGAGCUUGAGCUAACGAAGAAGCAGAGGUUGGAUAAAAACUCAAAAGAUGGUGAUGUAUCUGCCAGGACCUCAACACCUAGCCAUGCAGCAUCACCGUGCAAGAAAGUGACCAGCACCACACGUAUUAUUACUCACGCCCCAGAUAGUAAAAGCAGUUCUGAUCAAGAGAACCAUAGUGAGAAGGAACCUGCAGCACCAAGAAGCUGUUCCAAUUGUGUGCCCAAUGCCUCAGGCACUAGACAGUCAAGUGGAGAUGACUGCCCAUUGAUAGCGCCUAAUGGUAACAACUCAUCGGAGAUAGCGGUAAAUGGCACUAAUGUGACUGGUUCAGAACCAUAUUCAGUACGAUGACGUAGAUGUUCCACUCAUUAUUUUAUUUUCUUUCCAAGCCAAGGAAGUGAAAAAUGGCAAUCAGGCAGUUGGGUUGGUUCCCAUCUCUUCCAAAAUGAACAGAAUACAUGAAGAAGAAAUUUGCCAACAGGGUUGGCUUGAGUUUCUGAUUCUCCAUUGGCAGAGGAAGAGGCACAAUGUACUGCCAGUAAGAGCGGCGAAGCCUGAAGUCAGGUGAUGAGGUCUGGUCUUCCCCUUGUUUGCUUUGCCUUUGGAGGUUGGGAAAACGUUGUUGUUGCUUUGUAUAACAUUCAUCAGCCGUUAAUAGUUUUUUCCUUAUCUUUAUCAA